AUCAAGUGGCGGGCUUCCCAUCACCAACCACCCAAAAUGCUUCCUCCAUUCGAUUACUUCCAGCAUCGCCGGGCCCGGGACUGGAAACAGAGACAGCGUGCACAGCGCUUUGCCAGCCUCCCCGCCGCCUACCAUUCCGCAUUUACGGCAUUCGACAGAUCGAUCAUCGACGAACCGAUCGAAGAUCUUGUUGAAGGUGUACAGAAAGGAGCCGUGUCGGCACGGGCUGUCCUGCAGACAUACGGCAAAGUAGCUAUCAAAGCUCAAGAACGGACAAACUGUGUAACAGAACUUCUCCUUCCCGAGGCCGAGAAAUGGGCAGACCAAGAGAUUAAUCUGAAGGGCCCCUUGGCAGGAAUUCCUGUCUCGUUGAAGGACUCUAUCCAUGUGAAGGGGUUCGAUACUUCGGUUGGAUAUACGAAGAAUACAGGCCAACCACUGGCCGAGGACGGAGGCUUGGUUAAGCUGCUUAAAGAUGCCGGUGCCAUUCCAUAUGCAAAGACCGCUCUGCCGAUAACUUUGUUGUCCUUUGAGUCUACAAACCCUCUCUGGGGGGUGUGCCGUAACCCCCAUGUGCCGGAGUACUCUCCUGGAGGCUCGAGCGGUGGUGAGGGCGCUAUCAUUGCCAUGGGCGGUCGCAUCGGCGUGGGCUCUGACGUUGCCGGUUCUGUUCGCGUACCGGCCGCGUGGAGCGGAGUCUACUCCCUUCGAUGCAGCACUGGCCGCUGGCCCAAGGCUGGCGUGAACACUAGCAUGGCGGGCCAGGAAGGUGUACCAAGCGUUUUCAGUCCAAUGGCACGAACAUUGAAUGAUUUGGCCUAUUUUACACGCUCCGUCAUUCAUAUGAAACCAUGGAAGUACGAUAACACUGUACAUCCGAUUAGCUGGAGAGACGAGGAGGAGGAUGAUGCUCGGACCAAAAAAUUAAGGAUUGGUGUGAUGAAGUCUGACGGAGUCGUCCCACCUACGCCUGCUAUUGCUCGUGCAGUUGACACCACUCGCGCCGCCCUUGCUGCUGCCGGCCACACACUCGUCGACAUCACACCGCCGGCAACGGCUACUCCACUAAUCGGACUCAACCUCGCCUCUCUCCUUCUCAACUCCGAUGGUUGCCAGACAUUCAACUCCCACAUGCGUACCGGCGAAACCUCCGAUCCCGGUGCUGACAAGCUUACCAAAUAUGCCAACAUGUUCCGACCGUUCCGCUACCUCUACUACCUCUAUGUCCGCUACAUCAAGCGCGACAAGGUCUGGGCCUAUCUCCUCAAAGACUUUGGUCUCAAGACAUCUACCGAGCUCUGGAAGCUCGUUGCACAACGUGAAGCCUUCCGCGCAACCUGGCACAACUGGUGGAACGCCAAAGAGCAAAGCUACGACUUCAUCCUCUGCCCCGUCAACGCUACUCCCGCCCUUCCCCACGGUGCUAUGCGUGACGGUUUCAGCUCUUGCGGCUACACCUUCUUAUGGAACAUGCUCGAUUACUCUGCCGGUGUUAUUCCGGUUGGUCACGUCGAUAAAGUCAAGGAUGCUCUCGUUACAUCUGACGGCAAGCCAGCUAAGAAGAAUUCGUAUAAGCGUGUGCUUAAAGAUCUUGGUGCUGACAGCACCGUGUCGAGAGGAGCUUGGAAAUAUUAUGAUUCCAAUGCUAUGCAUGGACUGCCUACCGCUGUGCAGAUCGUAGGAAGAAGAUGGAACGAAGAGAGAGUCAUAGGAUACAUGGAAGCGGUGGAGAAAGCGUUGGAAGACUACAAGGGUCCCACUGGCGAGGGAGGAAAGUAUAAACUGCUUGAGGUUUGACGUCAUUUGUAUAUCCGUGUAAGAGACGGCGGAUAUGCGCUUUGAUUGAGCGGAUCCUUGUCCGCCUGGAUCUAUAUCUGUUAUUUGUCUAUAUCCAUUGAGCGCGAUCAACUGAGUUUAUCAAUCAAGUAUUUAGUAUAUACUUUUUAAGGUGGUCUAGCCAAAUAUCAAGGUACUGUACAUGAAACUUUUCCAGCAGAAUGCUCUAAAAAUGUACAGCCAUUCAUGCUGCCUCACCUCGCCUCAGAGCGCCGUAAGAACCCUCUCGUCUCUCAUUCAAUGCAUCGGGCAGUAAUCUCUCGGUCUCACCAACAUCGCAGGCGGCUGAUCCAACUCCCAUCCACCGCCUAUUUCUCCACCAAACAAACCAAGCUAAUACGCCGCCCGCAAUGGCCCCAGCCCCUGUCAAUCCAAUAUUCACCGGCACAGGAUUCCCAUGCAAAAUUUUGAUCGUUAGAAUAUCUAAAGGACUCUGUAAAAAGUUCCCCAAACCUGCAAGAAAAGUAAUCAAUCCAUACACCUUUCCGAAUGUUUGGAAUCCAAAUAUUUUUGCGGCGUAGUCGGACACGACGGUGUAGAAGUACGGCCGGUAGAGAACGAAGAGGGAUAUGUUGGCGUACGCGGCGGUAAGGCUAUCUGAGAUGCAUCCUAGAACACCGACGAGAGUUGCACCGGUCACAAGGAGAGUGAGGAUGCCGGGUAGAGUGCUCUGAUCUAGGAUGAUUCCUAUGAAAGGAAUAGCGAUAAGGCCGCCAAGUGGUAGGAAGAAGUCAAAAAGGUGGUUCAGCUGCCUUGCUUGAUUGGGUUGCGAGAGGAGGUAUUCAUAUUGCGGAUGGAUAGUGGAUAUAAAGUAGUUUGUGCGCAGCAUUUGAAUGAUAGUGAAGAUGGUGAUAAAGAUGAACCAGGGAGAAAGGAUUUGUUGAAGGGAGGAGGAGGUAUGCAUUACCCCCCAAUUAGGGUCAGCUUUGAAUGCAGGAUUCGAG